UUGUCUGUAGUACAUCUUUAAUUCUGGCUUUCAGCACGUAAGGCUUCAUCUUGGAGAGCAUUGCUUUCUUUUCCAGUGAAGCUUAAAGCAAUGCAUGGGAGAUAAAGUUGUUUACCACCUCUCAGAACUGAACUGUUCUUUUCCUGCUUGAUGUUUUCAUUUUAAAAUUGCAGUGUAGGAGCUGAAUAAUUUUAAAUCCUCUCAUAUGAUUAACUUUCACCUCAUUCUUAGAAAUAAUCUUAGCUUGUUCUAAAAGUCUGUAACUUGUCAAUGUACACUCCUUUCAAAUACAAGGUGCUGCAACUCCUUGCUGACUAAAGAUGCUUUCAAGUGGUCAGUAUUCUUACUGGAGGAAAUUAGUUAUUCUAUGUAUUCUUUUAAAGAAGGAUAAAUUAUGAAAAGUCACUUCCUAGGCAAACUGGGUUGUGUGUCGCAUAAUGAAGACAAUGUGGGAGGGGGGAGCUGUGUGCGCUGAGCAUUUUUAAUCUUACCAUAGAUUGUGUAUUACUAUUCUGGUAUGUGUACCAAACAUCUAUAGAAUUUACAUAUAUUUAGUUACAUGUUUAAUGUAAACAAAUUGACUGAGUUUUCUUCCCAAAUUUGGAUGUUUAACUAUAAAUAGCCUGACUUUUAAAUAUGUCAAACUCUGCAGCUCCUCUUGACCUAAAUGGGAUCUGUGCAUAUUCAGCACUCUUGAAGAUCAUGCUGCUUAUUAGAGACUUAACUUUAAAUGCCUGUAUAUAUAAAUAUAUGUAGAUAAUAAGGCAUUUGAAUUACUGAGUAGUGAUAUUUUGACCAUCUGUGUGUGGGUUUUUCAGCUUAAUGUCUACAAGAUAACAGUACUUUUGCAUUUCAGAAAACAUAAUAGUUGCAAUAAAUUGAGCUAUGAGAGGGCUGCAUUUCAAGGUAAUUUUAUGUUCCAACAAGUGUUGAAAUGGGAAGACAGUUGCCCUUUAACAAAUUCAGCUUCAUUGUUGACAUAUAUUGACUUUGUGAAACAGUUUAAAUAGUUUGAACUAAUAAUAAACAACUUGGAAUUUAAUUUUAAAUUAUUUCCCAUUUCUGAUAUUAAAAUAACACUUAUCAUCCUUGUGUUUCUAUAAGCUAUUGCAGAUCACAAGCCUCUGGUAAAGUAAUAAGUGGAGAGGAACAUUUUUCAAGCAAAAAGUGCCUGGCUUGGUUUUAUGAAUAUGCAGGUCCUGAUGAAGUCGUGGGGCCCGAAGGAAUGGAAAAGUUCUGUGAAGACAUCGGUGUUGAGCCUGAAAAUGUGUGACUGUACAGAAAAAUUACAGAGUAAAUUUGAUUUCUUGCGGUCACAAUUGAAUGACAUUUCAUCUUUUAAGAAUAUCUACAGAUAUGCCUUUGAUUUUGCAAGGGAUAAAGACCAGCGAAGUCUUGAUAUUGAUACUGCAAAAUCCAUGUUAGCUCUUCUGCUUGGAAGAACUUGGCCACUGUUUUCAGUAUUUUAUCAAUACCUGGAGCAAUCGAAGUAUAGAGUUAUGAACAAGGAUCAGUGGUACAAUGUGCUAGAGUUCAGCAGAACUGUCCAUGCAGAUCUUAGCAACUAUGAUGAAGAUGGUGCAUGGCCUGUACUUCUGGAUGAAUUUGUUGAAUGGCAAAAAGUUCGUCAAGCGUCAUAGCAAGAAUUCAAAAGAAAAUGCAAAAGUUUUUUUGGUGCCCGCCUGUACACAAACUAAUGAGAAAAACAAAGGAUUGCAUUUUCAUUCUUAAGAAAGACUUUACAGUAAUUUUUUUUCCUUUUUUAAGGAAAUUUUCUUGUUAUACGUGAUAUGGGCAUUGAACCACACCUCUUCUGAGACUGAAAGUUGGAGUUCUUGUUUUGAGUCUUAUGUUUAUAGCAUUUAUUUCAGAACAAUAAAGAUUCAGAUUUGUGAUAAAGGCCUAAAAGUGAAGAAUGUCCCUUGAAUGUGAGUGUGGUGUCUAUUUUUAAAACCAAAUCUUUAAGAUUAUCUUUCUCAGAAGUGCCCUUUGCUAUGAAUUUUUGAAGACCUUAAAAACGCUUAACUGGCACUGUUGCUUGCUGAUGGUAUGAUUGUCUUGUGUGACAAACAUUAGAAAGAAUGACUGAUUUUUGGAGCCCUGGGUGGGAGUGUGCUAAUUUGUUUAUUAAUUAUUGGUCAUGGGUUGCGCCACAGUUUUCAGCUCCUUGUGGAGAUAAAGGCCUUAAACUCUAAUUUUUUUUCUUUUUUCUUUUUUGUUCAGUAUCCACCCAGUGGCAUGGCAUUUAAUGGCAGGCCCUUUUAAAGCAGAAAAAUGUAGAGCAUAUGGCUCUGUAUGCAGAAUGGCUGAAAACUAGUUGCCUGUACUUCAAAUGGUGAACACAGAUACUCUUUGGUACAGUAAGGCAGCUUCAAAUUUCUACUACAACUUAGUCUUUGGAUUGCUUUGUAUAAAAAGUGCAAUUUAUAUUUUAAAAGGGAAAGCUGGAAAGACUUGGUUUCAAGCUUUGCUUCUUACAUGUUUUAGACUGGAAGCAUUCACAGCAUGACCUUUUUUUUAUCUCCCUGGAUGCUUUUCAUAAUGUAAGUCAAGAAGAGACUAUUAAGUCACAUACCUUUGACCUGUAUAUAACAGGCUAUUAAUUUUUACCCUGUUACUCCAUCUAUUGAAUCCAAUAACUACUGUGAUUUGCCCUGCUAGGCGUUCAGUAUUCGUGGCAACCUUUAAAUACAGUAGAAGCUUGUCAUUGUACCUUCCUGCCCAGGAGGCCCAAUGCCACCCUUGAGAAGGAAAGGGAUUUUAAUGAGUAAAUGUGAGAAACCAGAGCAGAAUGAGAGAAUGAAGCAUUUGUAACUUCUACUUUAUUAUAUAAAUACGUUAUGUAGACUGUGAUAAUGCCAUGAGACUCAGUCAGUGAUCGAGGCCUCAUUGUGCCAAAUACUUCAACCGCUUGAAAUAAGAAUAGACAAUGUAAGCUAGGCAUGACUUGAAGAUCUUUGCCUCAGGGAAAUGACUUCUGUUUUGCACAUCCCUUAUUCAGACUAACAAGCAUCAGUUUUCCUGUCCUUAAGGAAAGCUUUAUUCCCAAGAUGAAUCUUUUUUUUUUUUUUUUUUUCUUUCUCACAAGGAGGGGAAAAAAAAAAAGACAAGGUGUGAGGAGAAAUGAGAAGUGGGACAAACUAGUAGUGUGUGCCUGUGCUCUUGUUCUACUAGAGGACCACUCUUGCAACUUACUCUUCAGAACUGCUUGCUGUGGGCUGCAGGAAGCAAUGCAGUGGUGGUCCGUGGGCUGUUCUACAAGUCACCUGAUAGUGCAGUUGAACCUUAGAAGCUUGGUUCUGCCCAAGUGAAAAAAAGCAUUUGGGGGGGGGGGGGGGGGGGGGGGACAAACAAAAAAAAAAACCCAAACAGUUGAGAUACUUGGAAGAUCUCUGCUUGUACAGUGGCUAGUGUAUGCGUGCAUGCGAACACAUGCGCUACAGCUGUUCUGUUAUUCCACCUUUUUUAAGUACUUAAUUUUAGGCCUCAUGUAGUCUUCAGCAGUUCUCUUCAAUAUGUUGCAAGUUGUCCAUUUGUAUUACUGAUAAUUCUGAUUUCACUCAUAACAGAGUGCCUUUCAUUUGGAGAUUGCCCUACCCCACAGAAAGUUAGUGCCAGAAUGAGAUUAACUUCAAGAGUCCCAAGAUGUACUGGUAGAGUAAGGUCCUAAGAUGCACAGAUAAACAUGCACCAAUUAACUUAGGUCAGGGGAAGUACUGCUGUAUACUAAAUCUGUGCGGGGGUACUGAUUCUGAAAUUACUUUCUCAAAUUCACUAAAAUAACUCUCCUUGCUUAGUAUGUUUAGUCCCCAUUAUAACUGGGAAAUUAUCUUUCCAGAAGUUUUGAAAUACCUGUUAGAAGAUGAAUAUUUUACAGUAUGAUUUAAAAAAAAAAAAAAAAUCUUUUUUUAGGUAACUGCAAACUGUUGUGAAUUCAAUUUAAACCAGUUGGUCCUAGAGGAUGGUAUUAGAGUUUAACAGUAGGAAUGAUGCAUCUACCAAUCCAAGGUGGUCAAGUACUUACCGUUAACGUGUAAGACGCUAUGUGAUGUAUCAUUUGUAUCUCUGUUAAGGUUUUAUCAGUAUUCCUAUAAUAAAUCCAUGUUUCAGGGAUUUAUAACUUGGUUGUGUGCGUGAUUGCAAAUCAUCAGUUACUGUAAAACUUUGACUGGGAAUGAAUGUAUUUAAACUACUUAAAAUCAAUAUAGUUUUUCAAAUUUGAAUAAAAUAGGAUUUUAAGUUAUGGGGUUUUGUGCUAAAAGCUGCAAUCAGAUUUAUUGUUUAAAUGUGAACUAAUGGCUUGUACAGUUUCAUUGUGAGCUGAUCACUUUUAUUAGCUGUCUUUUAUUAGAUCACCUUACAGCUUACUGUGGAUAAGUGCCAAAAGCUGUUUAUUUAUUUUAUUUUUUUAAUUUUGUGCAUGUCCACAAGCCAAAACUGAGUUCAGCUAAAUGCUUUCUGUAGUCCUUGGACUUUAAUUUUGCUUUGCUCAGGUGCACUUCAGUCUAUUGAAUUAAAAGAAAGUGAUACCUGCUUUUUCCGUAUUCUAAGAUGAAAGUUCACAGUUGAAAUAUGCUGCCACAGUUACAGCAAAUAAUAAAAUCAAAGGUGAAAUGUCUUCCAAAACUAAAUCAUAGUGGUGUCUAUCUUGAUGUUAGAAACUUCACUUUAAUCUCACUUUCAUUUCUUGAUAUUAAUUCUUCCUAACAUAACUGGGUUUUUUCUAGUUUUCUUAGACAACUAACAGUUUUGGGUUUUAAAUCUGAAAACGCCCACCUGUUCAUGGAAAAAGCCAUAUUGGUAGUUUGGAAUGUAAUAUUUCUCCUAUGUAAAAAUGUGAUCUUGAAUUAAACAGUCAUGUAUGUUUACCUAUGUCUUUAACUGUAUAUGUAGUUUUGAUCCAAUUUAUCUUUACUGUUUAAACGUCUAAUUCUUUACUAAUGGCUGUAAUUUCACAUUUCUAUAUAGCGGAAUUUGAAUUUUGCAAUUGAGAUUACUGAGGAUACAAGCUUGGGACUGCUCACAGGUGGCCCGAGAGGGGGCACUGUGGUCUGUAUUUCCAUUGUUAAGGUUUUUUCAUCUCUCAAAAGCUUUGAGCUGAUAUAUUGAUACUGACUGCACAAAAAUCGCAAAAGGGAUCAUAAGUUUAAUGUUUCUGAUGUCUUGUUCAUUUUAUAAACUAGUGAACAGUUCUUUCAAUGCGUUAUGUACAAACUUGUACAGGUUUAGCUUUGUUAAGUAUCAUGAAUAAAAUGGUAUGUAAUAGGGCAGAAAACUAA